AUGAAUGUGCACAUAUUUGGAGCCAAAGAUUCUCCUUCAAUCGCUAACUUUGCAUUACGGAAAACAGCCGAAGAUAACUCGAGUGAUUUCAGCCAAUCAGCUGUUGAUGCGGUAAAGAAAGACUUCUAUGUUGAUGACCUGCUAAAAUCUCUGCCCAGCGAACAGCAAGCGAUUGAACUUUCCAGCGAAAUGAUUGAUCUUCUUCGAAGAGGUGGUUUCCGUCUAACGAAAUUCAUGAGUUCCAGUAAGAAAGUUCUCGCCGCAGUUCCAGAAUUAGAACGAGCAAAUCCGUCGUUUGAUCUCACUAUGGACAAGUUACCAGUGGAAAGAGCUCUAGGCAUGAGAUGGAACGUUGAAGCAGAUGUAUUCGAGUUUAAAGCCAUUGCCUCAGACAAACCAGAAACGAAGCGAGGAAUUUUGUCGACUGUCGCAAGUCUGUACGAUCCAAUUGGUCUUGUUGCCCCCGUGACGCUGCUCGCUAAAUGCCAGUUGCAAAGAUUAUGGCAACUGAAGAUUGACUGGGAUUCCCAACUUCCAGACAAAGAACUGGUGGAAUGGAGACAGUGGAAAUCAGCACUACCAGCCCUCUCAAACGUGAAGAUACCGCGUUGUUAUAAAUCCAAUAUUAUAACAAAAUCGUCAAUCCAAACUAAAGAUCCAAAAGACGUUCAACUCCACAACUUCAGCGACGCAAGUGAGAUUGGUUAUGGAGUUGCGUCGUAUGUAAGAACCACCUUUAUCGAUGGAACAGUUGCCUGUGCGCUUGUCUUUGGAAAAUCCCGGGCUGCUCCUUUACGAAAAAUCACAAUUCCACGGUUGGAAUUGCAAGCGGCGGUUCUAGCAGUCCGAAUUGGUGAAAUGAUACAGCGCGUGAUAGAGAUCAAAUUCAAUCGAGUUUACUACUGGACAGACUCCGAAAUCGUACUUAAAUAUAUCCAAAAUGAAAGUAAACGGUACACAGUUUACGUGGGAAAUCGCAUUGCAGAAAUUCAAGAGAAGACGGAAAUAUCCCAGUAG